UUACCCGGCCGCUCUGGGAGAGGCAAAGCGAGGAGUCGUUGCCCCAUGAACUCCUCCCCUCCCCACCUCUUCAGCGCUCCCUCCUGCCCCCUACCCUGACCAUAGCAGGUGGCCCUCGGUAUUUCGCAGUGGGUGGGUUUAGGAAAAAAAAAUGUUACUUAGAGAUAGGGUUACUGCUGAGGGAGGAGCUAAAAGCGAGCUGGAGGGAUAGUGGAGAGAGAGAGAGAGAGAAAGACAGAAGGAGCUUCCUCUUUCUGGGAAUCGCAUGGAUUAAAACAAAAAUCACCGAAGUCUGCCCUGGUUCACGAUCUACAGAUGUGUCGAGCGAAGGGGAAGAGAACUUCCAUAGCGAGAACUUCGGUGUAGAGCAGGGCUGUCGGUGCAGCUUCACUCCAUUCUGACAGCUCUUUCAUCGCGCGUGUGCUUAUCUAUGUGGUCGCGAUGAAUAUCUUCAUCUUCAUCUUCUACGCGCUGGCGAUCGCUUGCCUACUGGCCACGGGAGGAAUCUGCAGACCACUUGCGGGCGUGGUGGUGGAGUCCGCAAGAGCUGGUGACCAGCAGCCGGGACAAGUGCACAUUCCUGCCCGUCGGGAGAAACGAUGCUCCUGCAGCAAUAUGCAGGACACAGAGUGCGUCUAUUUCUGCCACGUUGGCAUUGUCUGGGUCAACACACCAGGGCAGCUUGUUCCGUAUGGUCUGGGGCACCCAGUGAUGCGCCGAAAGCGGGAACUGAGGCGGUGUUUAUGCGCUAAGAGCAGCGAUGCCGAGUGCCAGAGUUACUGUCGGUUGGUGAGCAGAGAGCCACGACACGUCAGAGACACAAGAGUCAGAAUGCUCUGGAAGCCGGUGGGAAAGCGGGCGCGGAAAGCGACGGGUGAAGCUGCCCUGCAAGGGGACUCGUGGGAUGUGGAAGAAUAAAUGAAGAGCCUG